CAAUGGGAGCCGUUAUGCUUUAUGUCCAAGUUAAGAUAAACUUCAGAUAAUAAUGAAUGUGAGGAGGUUAUAGAUCAUAUGUGGUGAAGACUUGCACAGAGACAGACGCCAAGAGACAACAUGGGAAAAUUAAUAUUAUUGGGCAUAACUUGGUUCCUGAUUUUUGACACAGCAUUUGCAUUCCAAUGUCAACAAUGUUCGUACUUCGAUAUGAGGAUUCUUGAUAUCCCUUCAAUUCCUGGUCUUCCGAAUUACGCUAAUCUGCUGUCCAGUAUGCUUUCACAGGUUGCUUCCAACGAUACGUCAUGUCUCCAUGGCAACAGCAGUGCCCGGAUGGAGUGUGGAGAUCUUGGGUGUGCGCUAUUUAAUUUGUUCUUCAUGCAGGCCAUUCCAAUUUUUGAGAACUUCACAAUCAAGUUGGCAAGAACCGUUGUGCAAAGAUCUUGCAGGAACCCCACUGCUCCUCCUCAAUCCGGGUGUGUCCCAGUCACAUUAGAUAACCAAAUCCAGGUGGGUCCGAACACUAAUAUGUCCAUACGACAGCUAAUCAACCAGCGUACAGGAUCGGGAACGCAGGGCGGCUCUCCAACUAUAGUUGAAGUACAAGGACAGACGUGUCACUGCUAUGGAGUCGAUAAUUGCAACAAUGCCCCGAAUGGCACAACAACCACAAUGCCUACCACAACAGGCGUGGUGACCAUGCCAACGAAUACGGUUGCCAUUCCGACGGAUCCGGUUGCGCUUGAUGUCCAGCAGCAGGACGUUGUAAACCCCCAAACGGAGAAAGCUAUUUCAAUCACAGUGACAAGAUCUGCCUCAGGAUGCGCUGCUUUGAGUUACUAUCUUUUGUCUUGUAUUCUGUUUUCUAGAUUGUAGGAGAGUAAAGUUUCUGUUACAUGUGUUCGUGCUGAUGGCUCAGUAUAAUCCUAGCAAAAGAAAACUUUUUAUAACGUUACCACGACGUUAGCACAACAUUUUUGGAGGGUAUAUAAACGUUAUGAUAACGUUAUAAUAACGUUCUAUGUUUGCUGGGAUAUGCUACUAAUAAUCUCCAAGUAAUUCUAUUUGCUACAUGCACCUUAAGAUAAGUAUCACUCCAUCGACAAUAAUUAUGGAAAGGCAACAGUUCGAAAUAUUCCAUUAAAGUUAUCUCGGCAACUGUACGUUGUCUAAGACAUUCGGCGAUAGGUACCCUUAUAUAGAGAUUUUUAAAACCGAAAAAGUCGGUACUUCUGCAGUAUUUCCCCUACCCUAUAAUUCUCCAAAUUUUAAAGUCAAUCAAUAUUAAUUAUGUGGUGACUUUGAUAUGUCUGCAAUUUUGAUAAAUUAGGUUGGAAAUUUACUCAAUUUUUCCUUUUUUUUUAGUAAACAUUCCAGCUAUUUGACCAAUAAGAUUGCAGCAUAUUUUCACUCGGUUUUCAUUACACAAGGAUGGCAAAAAGUUUCAUCUAAAAAUACAUGGUUAAAUGAGUAAAUUGAAUUUGAAUAGUGGACAAAUUGCACAAUAUCAACACAUAAAUUAAGAGAAGAUAUUGAAAAUCAAAGUUAUAUGGUGGGAAAAAUACUACUUCAGUGCCAGAAAGUCAUAGUGAAGUUAAACUUUGACAACUUUUAUGUUUAACAAACUGCGGCCGCACUUCGGAACUAACCACUACCGGUUUAUAUUAAUAUAAUUAGAUACCUGUAUGUAACAGUAAUUAGAUUUAAAUAUUUACACCCGACUAAGGAGUUAUAUGCCCUUAUAAUCCACAUUUACGCUUUAUACUAGUGCUUUACUAAGACUGCAUUCCCACAGAUUUUAGAUCGAUCUAUCCCCGUGGGGAG